AUGCCUUGUGAGUCAACUCAAAAGUCUCUCCUCGCUCCCUCCGCCCCUCACCAUGUGCCCCUCGUUCUUCCUCUCGGGGACAUCGCGGACAACUAUCUCGUGGGAGAGUUGAGCGAGCGCGAGUGCGGCGAUUUCAGGCAGUCACGCGGUGUGAACUGCUUCUCCACUGCAGCAUUAGCAGCGGAAAAGCCGUGGGUCGAGUGUGCUGCGCAGCUCCCAGCAGCAGUGUGUGACGCGUUCUGUGGGCUGGAGGGCACCACCACGCCAGUUUGCAACGGCCUGGGCAUCUGUUACCUGGACGGGCCCAGUCGCAUUCCCACCUGCCUGUACCAAAAUGGAGCCGUGCAGGAUGGACGAAUCUACUGCGCCCCUCCGGGGUCGGUGGGGAUGAGGGAGCUGGUGGAUCCGACCAUUCUCACCAAGGGCACAGAAGAAGCAACGGCAAGAGUGUUCACUGCCGACCCUCUCGCUCUCUUCACCUACCGGGCGGCAGGCCAGGGGCUGGCGUUUGUGAUUUCGGCGACGAAUGCAGCCGGGACUGGCGGGGAGGGGGGAGGGGUGGGGUACGCUGGCAUGGACGGUCGGAGCGUGGCGGUGGAGUUUGACACGUACACAGAUUCAGCGCAUGGGGACAUGCCCGGCCACCACGUGGGGCUCAACACCGGCGGCAGUGCCACUUCCAUAGCCGCCGUUCGUUCGCCCUUCACACUCAACAACCAGAAGACCUACACCGCAUGGAUUGACUACAAGCUGGGAACCCUAGGCGGCCCAGGGACCCUGAGUGUGUAUCUGGCCACGAGUGGAGACAAGCCGGACGCGCCGUUACUGGAGAGCCCUCUGAUGCUGUGUGAGGUGCUGAAGCCAACGCAAACUAAGAGGUCGUUCUACCUUGGGUUUGUGGCGUCCUCUGUGGCUCCCUUCCAGCAGCAGCACGCCAUCCUGGUCUCCUUCGUCGAAACAGGUGAGCCGGGCUGGGGCUGUCCAGGCUGUCUCCUCUCUCUUCCUUGUCAUCUUGUAGACUUUGUGAUUGCUGCUGCUGCCUUCUGCCUGCUUGGUUUGGUCGCUGCCAAGCAUCCAAGCACAGGCAGGCAAAGCGAGUCUUGCGGAUUCGAAUGA